AUUGUCAUAGUCACGACAGACGUGAGUGCGUGCGCACGUUGUUUCCCGCGCUUUUUUAUAAAUAUUUUUUCAAAAAUGGCGCUUCCUUUUUUACAUUUAGUUGCCGCGGUUUUGAAUUUUUAUACACUGUGGUACGAUCAAAAAUACAUUAAUUUGAAAUUUUCGGAGGGACUUGAAAAUUAUCCGUUUAGGAGUCGGAUACUUUUUCUAACAAUGUGGAAUCUUACACUGCAAGCCGUGUACAUGGCAAUAGCAUUCCUGAACGAUAUCAUCGGAACAAACGCAGCUUCACCAAAGAAACCGCCAGUGAUACGAAAAAUUAAGGACGCUCUAUUCAGCUUAGCCUAUCCUUUCGCCAUCUAUGUAUCUAUAGCUUUCUGGGGCAUUUACUACGUAGACAAAGAUCUGAUAUUCCCGGAGCAUUUAGAAAAAGCCUUCCCUCCAUGGACCAAUCACGUUAUGCACACUUUAGUAGCAGUUUUCAUAAAUGUGGAAAUGUUCACAGCACAUAUUAAUUACCCUUCGAAAUUCAUAAAUCUUGCUUUAGUUCAAUUAUUUGUAUCGUCUUAUAUUGUGUGUUUGUUUGUCGUGUAUGGGCAGAGUGGACUUUGGGUCUAUCCCAUUCUUGGUUUUUUGAACUGGCCAGCUAGAUUAUUAUUUAUAUCUGGUAGUAUUGUUGUAGCUAAUAUCUUUAAUGUAGUCGGUAGGACGUUGAAUAGGCAAUUGUCGUCUGUUAAAGUGAAAAGUAAAUAAAUGAUUGUUUGUAAAAUGUGUAUUAAAAUAAUUUAUUUUGUU